UAUACCGUAUUUGGCAAAAACCCAACUGUUGACUCUAAACAUUGGAAUAACUGGACUCCUUUAGAACGAGUGAUUUGCGCGUACGCAUGUAAAGAAAACGUACGCAUAAUAGUAAAGUUGUGGAUAGCAUGAAGCGUAAAGUUUGUGUUUUCAAUUUUUUGUGAAUGGAAAUACUGGGCAACAGCAUCGCAAACAUAUUGCUCGUAGUCAUUCAAAUCAAUAUCUAGACUAAUUGGAUUUGUAUGGUGUGAGGCCUUUUCUCUAUUAUUUAACUGAAGAUUCAAUGUUUUUGUAAACAAACAAAUGGAAAGUGAAUCAAAGCUCAUUUAACUUGUGUAUACAUUACUCGUAGCUGGGCUAAAGACAGUGAUACAGACGUCGACAUUAGAAUGCCGACAGCUUGUGAAAUUAAUUUUGAACAUAAUCCACAGAAAAUUGUGUACUGUGGUGAAAAAAUAUAUGUUACAGUGCGACUAAGGUUGACGGAAGAAAUUAAAGUGCGUUCCAUUGAUUUUUACUUGAAUGGAACAGCGCAUGUGCGUUUUUUUAAGGAUGAUUCAAACAGGGAUGGAUACCAUACAGAACGUGAGAAUGUUUUGGACAUUAGGAAAUGUUUAGCCGGAGGAAAUGGUAAAGGUGAAACGCAAAUUAUACCAGUAGGAACACAUGAUUACAACUUUACCUGCACGCUGCCAUCGAAUUUACCAGAAGAAUUUUUUGGCACGUAUGGCAACAUUAAGUACACAGCAAACGUUGCACUUCGAAUACCAUUCUGGCCCGAUAAAAAAUUUCAAAGGGCUUUUCACGUUUUCAAGCGGUUUGAUUUAAACGAUGAUCCACUGUUGCGAGCUGAAGUGUCAGACAAAAAAUUACAUACCAUUUCGCCAAACGCUCAGUCGGGAUCUACAGAAGAAGGAGUCAUUUGUAUUUCAGCUAAAAUUCCGAUCGGUGGCUAUGCGUAUGGUCAAAGUAUUCCUAUUAGUGGAGUAGAGGUUGAAAAUACAUCUGACUAUCCAAUUUCAAAGUUCAGUAUUUAUAUUUUGAGGAAAAUCACCUACAUCAAGUCUGACAACUGUCGAAAAACUGAGUAUGAAACUGUACAAAAACGGAAUGCAGGCAAUUGGAUAUGUGGAAAACAGGCAUAUAAAAGGUUUUCGACUGUAAGCAUCAAAGUUCCGACAGAAAUCGCACCAACCGACACUGAAACAUGCAAUAUCAUUAAAAUUAGUUACUUACUUUCGAUCGAAAGCAUAGUCAGAGAUGUCAGAAAAAGUUCAGGAGUCUCGAUUUCACUUGAUUUACCAAUAACGAUAGGAAAUUAUCCAUUAACCCCAAUAUUGAUGGGAUCUUAUCCGAACAAGACAAACAUGGUCUUUGCACGUAUAACAAGAACCGGUUCCGGAUGUAUCGUUUUAACGAACAAUGUUGGACUAUCGGGUGGAACAAUGCAAACGACAGCUGAAGUAUUUCCGCUUGAAUCUGAGCUUCCAACAUUCCCGGAUGAUGAUACAGUAUCGAUUCGUACUUAUACAAGCACUCCGCCACCAUUCCCCGAUGACGAUUCCGGACUUCCAACAUACGAAGAAGCUCGCCUACUGCUUGAAGAGACCAACAUCUACGAAGAAAGCAUCGAAGCCACACUUUCUGCACUUGACACUUAAUCAUGGACUUGACACAAUCUAAUUUAACCGAAUGUGUUCAUUUUUUACAGUAGACAAAAGCAGAGAUAAGCAGUUGCCGAAUUUCGUCGUUCCGUUGCAAAGUAAUGCAGUUUUCCAAUGCUGAACAGUGUCAGUGAGCUGAGCAGUGAGCACGUAUAAGAAAACACUUUUUAGUCAAUUAGUCGGGAAACAGCCACAUCUUUUUAAUUUAUUUUGAUUCGUUGACUUAUUUUAAGAAUAAAAUUGUUCGACGACAUUUGAAAAAAACUAAGUUUUUUUUAAUUGAAAUCAAAACUCACAGCAUUAUCUUCUUUUAAAAAACGCAAAAAACAAUGUCGACUUUUUCUUCUUACGGCUUUGGUUUCUCUCUAUAAUUAUGACAUUUCCCUUUGUAUUUGCUUAAAUGUAUUUGUGUUAGCAGCUCACUGCCUUCUGACUGCCUCUUUGACAGCAUUUACAAAAAUGUCGUUUCGCAUAGCUCGAUCAUUAA